AUGUCCGUCGUCGAAAGCCGAUCUGUACUUGGAAUUGGGUUCUCAAGGGCAGCCGCAUCCACACCAGACUGUGACUCAGUUCAUGGUGUUGUAGGCGGAGACACUUGCUCUGCUAUUGCACAGGAGUUUAGCCUGAGUACUGAAGACUUCAAUGCAAUCAACCCCAAUCUCGACUGUGACAAUCUCUUUGUGGGUCAAUGGCUUUGCGUUGCAGGCACAUCAAAUAAUUAA